AUGGCGAUAAUAUUCUACAAAGCAAAACCAAAUCCGAUGAUGUUUUACUUUACGCUGAGUUCUAUAGCCCUAAAUGUGCUAACAUUGCUGGGAUUUGUAUAUCACUUUGAUUGGCACACGGCACCGCCGGCAUUGUGUUAUUUCCAGGCUAUAGGAGUACAAUUUGCAACAUUGCUUACAGGAAUUUGCGCCUUUAACUUUAUAAUUCAAGUUUACCGUCUUCUCGUUCUUCGUGAACAUUCUGAGAUUACCAACUCGAGUUUGAUAUCGUAUUAUAAUGGUCUUAUGAUUGCAUAUCCAAUUAUAGGGACUGUAAUAAUAACACUUGUGGCUAUAAAGACAAACGCUAUAGGCGUUAGGGAUUUUAAAUGUGAUAUAGUUAGUCCGAUCUGGGUUCGCCUGUUGGGUUACAACGGCAUCAACCUUCUCGUAUCUAUUCCAGGCACUUACUUCUCAGCACACACCACAAUAAUAGUAACCCGUUAUCUGGAUCGAUUUAAAACAAGCAGUGCCAAUACCCAAGGCCACGCGCCAAUGAUAGAAUCUAAAAAUGCCGCUAAAACCGUGACUGAAGAUAGUGAAUCUUCUUUUCCGCGACGGUCACACAAUUCCCAUGUUACAUCCAGUUCAAAUAAGUCAUAUAACAUUACACGAACUGCUGCUAUUCGAAUGGUAUUCUUCACAGUUAUUUACCUCAUUACGAACAUUAGUGCUUCGAUUGAGACUAUUGUCUUUGUUAUGGCUGGUAAACCGUUAGACUCGCAUCCUGGUGGGUCUGACAUAGUUUUAGUAUCCCUCGGAGUUAUACUGUUUUUAAUUUUUGGAACUGCGGAUGAUGUAAGAAAAUGGACCAUUGAGAAGCUAAAAAUUUUUAAACCAAAAAGGAGAUUAAGUGAUAGACAAUUAGAUUGGUAA